CCGAUCACCUACAUCCGCACCUGCUCACGCAGCAUCAACUUCAACAUGCAAAUCAACGUAGUCUGCAUCCGCGAGUCUCGUUCCGGUGCCGGGAAAAUUUGCUUCUGCAACAAGCCCAACUGCAACACGGCCGCUCCGAAGGCCCGAUUUGUUCGGUGGCCUCCGUCGUGGCUGUCGUUUCUUUCUGAAGCCGCUCUCCGACCACUCGUCUCCGGCUUCACGGCAGCUCUCGUCACCAGCCUGCCGACUCUUCUGGUCGUUCAGCUGCUGCCAACUUUUCUACUGCUCUCGCUGCCCACAGCUUCGACCUUGACAUCGACGUUGCGUCCAGUCCGUCCGAUGGUACUAGACUCCGCGCCCGUUCAAGCGCCAGAGGGUCCCGCUGCUCUUGGCCCUUCUAAGAGGCCACCUCUUCCGUGCAACAUGUCUCCGUCUCCGAGGCCUCACAAUGCCUUGUUGGCUCGUCAUGUAUGCCGUUCAGCAGAGGAGUAUACACAGCCGGUAUAUUCGGGUCGCCGUGGCGACCUCUCGUCUCUGCCUACGGACGACGCGAACAUUCGGUGCCAGUAGAACCGCUUUCCGAUGCCCGCCCCCCUACCUCCGGCCUUACAACAAGUCACUAUGUCAGGAGGAGGACAGUCGGUCUACCACGACAACACGGGAAAAGAUAUAGAGCAGACGCCUGGCCUCAAGACGAGACUGGUUGCCGGGUCCAUUGACGCCAUGCUGAAAGCAUCCUAUUAUGUCGCCAUGACGACACUCAAAGACAAUUCAAACGUCCCAUGA